CUUGCUAUUAAUUUUAAAUAAGAAACAUUUGGGCUACAAGGAAAAAUUAAUAUCUAUAAUUUAACUGGAAGAGUAAUGAUAUAAAUGUAUAAAUUUAUUAUUACAGUGAUGGUCACUGAUGGAUGCCAUUAUAGUCUUAAAGAAAACAUUAUUGGUACUUAUCUAUAGUUGAUUUGGUAGGUACUUUACAGUUAUACAGUUAUACAGUUAGUAAUAUUUAAAUUAAAUUAAUGUUUAUUAUUUAUCUAACUCGUUUUUAAAGUGUUUGUAUAAUAAUAUUUAGAAACUAUAUUUUAAUUGAUGGCUACGAUUUGUAUGUUAUAUAUUCAGGAAUUGUGGCUGAAAUACCAAUUUUUUCAGCGAAAAGUGUCAUCAAUGUUUAUAUAUUAUUUAGUAAAUUUUUAUAUACCGACAAUAUGUUUAAACAUUUAUUUCGGCGCCACUGAUAAUAAUAUAUUACUACUAUUAUUGUUAAGAUAUAUUUUUUUUAUGUAUUUAUUUAUAGCUAUGGGUAUAUGUACAUAGUAGGGAGCUAACUAUUAUGUUUAAUUUGCUUUUAUUGAUUUUAGCUUUUACUGUAAGGGCUAUGUAGCUUUAUGUAAAAAUAUAUUACAAUACCUGUAGGUUUGUAAGAGAUUGAUGAGAUAGGUAAUACAAUGACUAUGAACGAUUAUUUUUUAGAUGCUAUUGUAAAGUUAAAAUUGACGUUCUUUAAAAAUUUGGUUAUUUCAAAGUUAUUUGACAUUUCCAGCCAUAAAUCUGCUCUGAGAUCUAAUAGUUUUCUGGAAUAUUUUUUCUUCGUUAUGUUAGAAUGGUUUACCCACAGGUUUCAUAAGCAAUCUAUGUGUAUGUCAUGUUAUGUACUAAUGGAUUUGCCUUUUUAUAUGUAUAAUUAUUGUUAAUAUAUCAACUAAAAUAAAGUGUAUUGUGUUAAAAUAAUAUUAACUAUUUAUAUUUUUGUUGUUGUUAAAAAUAUUAUUUAUUAUUACAUUUAUAAAAUUAUUAUUUUUAUAAAACGAUUAUGUAUUAUAAUGUUUGAUAAAUACUUAAGUAGGUUUUUAUAUUUAUAAUGGUGGUGGUGUGUGUGUGUGAAUUGUAGAGGGAUUUUAGAUAUUGUUAUAUAUAAUUAUUUCCAUUCAUUUUACUGGUAUUAGUAUUACUGAUGAGUUAAUCUACAAAAGAAAACUGAUGCAAUUAGUCUAUAGAAAAUAGUAGGUAUAGUCAGUAGUUAUAUACUAUAUAUAAUAUAUAUAUAUAUAUAUAUUAUAUGACUAUCCUGCUAACAAUGUCUCAGUUAUUAUGUACCUUGAAUAUUAUGUUCACAUAAAAGUAAAAUUUGUAUCAAUAUAAUAUGUUUGUGUAUGUGUUAAUGUUAAUUUUAAAUUUACAUUAUAUUUAUUCUGUAAUAAGUUAAAACUUGGUUAAAUUUAAAUUUUGAUUUUUCCAUAAAUGUCAAUAAUGAAAUUAUUUUAAUCUGAAGAUGCAGACAUGGGUGAUUUAGAUGUCUUAACUCCAUUGAUAAAUAGCCAAGAUCCAUUAUGUAGUCAAGAUCAAGUACCCGAGAAUCCAAAUGCAUGGGGACGUUUAUAUCCAGAAAAUGAAAGUUUAAAAAUUGAAGGUUUGCAUUUUUAAUGUUAAUAUGAUCUAUGUUAUAUUUAAUACACUGUCAUUUUAAAUCCAAAUGUGUAUUGGUACUAUGUUGCUACUUUUAUAUUUGUUAUAGAUUUAGAAAAAGAUAAUUAUAAAGCAGGUCGUCAGACGAAUGAUGUUGAUUUUCAGUUUACAAAACAAUGUUUUAGUUUGAAAAUAAUGAACCAUAUUAGUAAAAUUCAUUUCACUAUUACUCGAGAAAUGAUUGGGAAUUUUGGCUAUGUUGCAUAUAUCACAGAUACAAGUUCAAAUGGUACAUAUUUAAAUGAUGAAAAAAUGGGAAAAGAUUGUCGUUGGAUCUUAUCAAACAAUGAUAAAAUUUCAGUUGUUUCUAAAAAUAAUUAUGGUAAAUUUUUAUCCCAGUUUAAAAAAUAAAAUACUUUUACUAUUUAUACAUAUUUCAUUAAUUUUUUUAGUAUAUACAUUUACUGAAAAACAUGCAGAUUACUUAAAUUUUCCAGAAAAAGUGAGAAAACAAUUUUCUGUUCAUGGUAUAUUGGGAACCGGUUCUUAUGGAGAAGUCAGAUUAGCGUUUGACAAAGUAAGUUUUAAAAACGAUACAUUUUUUUUUCACAAGUAAAUUCAGUAAAAUUAUUGUACGAUUUACAUGUCUACAAGAUUAACGUAAUUGGAUCUAGACAAAUGUUAAGUUAAAAUUUGUUUAUAAUUUAAAAAUAAUAACAUUGUCUAUGAUUUAGAAUUGUUUUUUACUUACCUAAUAACUAAUAUUUCAGUAUUAAUAUAAAUUAUAUAGACAUUUUUAAGAGUGGACAGUAGUUGCUAAAAUUAAUAACCAAAGAGUAAUAAAUAAUAAUACUAAAUAACAGUUAUUAUGUAAUCCGCUUAUAUAGUUAUAUAAUACUAUGCAAAACCAAUUUUACAUACAUAUUUUUCUUAUUUAAUUUGUCUAAUUAUUAACAUAAACUUUAAGUGAAUAUUUAUUUAUGUAAAGAUUCAAUUUUAUUUUUUGAAACAGCAUGAGAAUUAUGUGCCCCAAGGUUAGGCGACCUAACGUAUUCCUUGGUAGAUAUAUCAGUACCACUGCACUAUUUCAUAUUUUUUUGAGAAUUCUCUUCAGUCUACUAAAUAAAAUAUUAGUUAAAUAUUAAUUUUGAAUUUUAGAUAAUAUAUAUAAUACAAAUUAAAAAAAAAUGUUUAUUAUAAUAUUAAUUUACAGCCUGCAAUUUUUGAUGUUUUUUUUAAAAAAGUAAGUAUGUAGACAGUGGGUGUCAUGAUAGGGUAUUUCAUAAGAUGGCCUUAUGACCAAUUGGGUGGUAGCACUCCUAGGCUAAAAAUAUGAAUUAUCGCCAACUGAUAGUUGACACUUAAUAUUUUAUAUUAAUAACAAUAAAUAAUAAAGUAUUUAUAAAUAUUUAUUAUUUAUAUUAAGUUAAUAUAUGUGUAUUUCACUUGUAUUCAUUUUAGCUUUCAUCUUUUAAACAUUCAGUGUUAAAGUAACCAGCAAAUAUUUCAAUAAACAAUAUUUUUUAUGAAAAGAUAAAAAUAAAAUUGAUUAUUUAUUAAUUGUAUAAAUUAAUUUUUUUUUUAAAUAUCUCAGAGUAAAUGUUAUACAUAACUCAGUAUUUUGGCCAUUAGCCAAGCUUGUAUUGCCAGAUAGAGAAUUAAUAAAAAGGUAUUAUUAAAAUAUUUGAAGUGCCCAAUUUUAUUAAUUUUUGAUAUUCAUAAAAUAUAAAAUCCCCAUGACUUUAUUCAUAUAUUAGUGGAAUGGUAAAUUGGUGAAGAGAGGAGGUGGUGUAUGGGGGUGUUGUCCUUAUGUAUUUGUCUAAUAAUACUGAGGUUGUGGUGGUGGUGAAUCUCUAACAUCUAUGUUUGCCUCAUAAAAUAAAAAAGUUCACGCUAUAUAAUAUAUGUAGAUAUUACCUCACAAGUUAUGAUAGAUUAAUGUACUCAAUUUGGUGGUAUUUAUUAAUAAAUUAAAAAUGUAUUGUAAUAAAAUUUAUAAAGAUUUCUAACACCGUAAAUCUGUUUUUAUUUAUUUAUGUACUUUGCAUGCCCUUUUAUCUCUUCUAAUAACCUCUAGUCACUUAUUUCUUUGGGCUAUCUUCCUGACUAUUUUAUUGUUUGUCUUUCUCACAGCAUGUCUGUUUUUCCUGCUAUACUUACUCAAUAUAUUACUAAAUUUUAUAAUAUGUACAUUUUUGAGUCUGUUCAAUCUAGUGACUUAUAUAGUUAUAUACAUAAAUCUUUUUUUUUUUCAGAAAACUUCCAAAUCCUUAGCAUUAAAGAAAGUGAAAAGAGAAAGCUGUAUAGUAUUGAGAGAACCUGAUAUUUUAUCGAGCUUAUCUCAUGUAAGUAUACAAGUUGAUUAGUAUUAUUAUCAAAUAUUUUAAUUUAAUAAAAUUAUGCUUAGCCGAAUAUUGUUAAUAUGGACAAUUAUAUUGACACCAAUGAUGCAAUUUAUAUUAGUUUGGAAUAUAUGCCUGGUGGAACAUUAAAACAACUUAUAGAAAAUCAAAUCCAUUUAAAAGAAUUUGAAACUAAAAUCUUGUUGUAUCAAGUUGCUCGAGCUGUUCAGUACUUGCACAAUAGAUCAAUUGCUCAUAGAGAUUUAAAAGUAAUUACAUUGUUUUUGUUAAUUUUGAAUUUAAGUUGUUAAUAUAAUCCUCUUUUAUAUAACAAAUUGUGUAUUUUUUUUUAGCCUGGAAAUAUUUUACUUUCUAACCAGUCUCCUUAUUGUCACGCGAAGUUAGCUGAUUUUGGACUCUCCAAGAAGAUAACUGAAAAUACUUAUUUGAAAACAUUUUGUGGUUCUUUGGCAUACCUUGCUCCAGAAAUAUUAUUAAAGUGUAAACGAUCAACUGAAUCAUAUAUUUAUACUUGUAAAGUAGAUUCAUGGAGUUUUGGCGUUAUAUUAUUUGAAUGGUAAUUUAUAUAAUUUAAAUUAAUAAUGAAAAUUUAUAAUAGUUGUACAAUGUAUUUUUUGUCUAGUUUGAGUGGUUUUAAACCUUUUGUUGGUGAUAAUAUAGAAGCAAAAAUCAGCAAAGGAUCAUAUAAUAUAACCAAUAUUUCUAAUGGCGCACAAGACAUAAUCAAACAAUUAUUAAUAGUUGAUUUUAUAAAGAGAUUUGAUUUUGAUAAAGUAUUAAAACAUAGUUGGUUUGAAAAAGAUAUUUUAAUGAAACAGAAAGUUAAUAAUCUUAUUGCUGAAUUUUCCAAUGAUUUAAAUUCAAGCAACAUGCCUUUUAGUAAAGAAAAUGUAACUAAAAAAAUUAGAUUCUGUCCAUGCUUGACAAAUGGUACUACUUCUGAUGCUCAAUGUAAUUAAAUAAGUUAAUGUUUUGAGCAAGUUAUAUUAAAAACUUUUUGUUUUGUUUACCUUAAUGAAUUCUUUUUAUUUUUCAUAUGUUAAAAUUUUUUUUUUGUUUUUUGUAAAAAAUAAUUAAAUUAUAAGCUAUAAAAAGUUUAUUGACUGAAUAAGGUUAUGAUUCCUCAUUGAUUCUAUAGUUUAUUAUAAUAUAUUAAGUACUACAAUUCUAUAUUAUAUAAUAUGAUGUUUUUGUUCAAUUAUAUUUGUUUUUAAUAUUUUAAAAAAAUGUAACUAUUUUUAUAAUAUUUGUAUAUUUAUAAAACUCCACAAUCAUCAAUAUUUAAAAUACAUUUUUCAUUUAUAGGGAUGUGCACACUUUUUCCAAUGGUAAUACACAUUUUUUGUUCCCUAUUUAUCUCUGUUGUUAACAUCAAUCUGGUAUUAGGUAUAUGGAUCCAAUAUUUUCCUAUAGUUGGCUUAAAAUCAAAUUGUUCUUGGUUGAUUGAAUUUGCAUUUCUUUUCUUUGUAAAAUUACUAUGUUUAAUAGCUAAAUUUGUAACUAUAAUUGUUGCAUUUUGUUUACUUAAAUAUUUCAAAACUGAACAUAUAUGAUUCAUGUAACAUAAACC